AUGGCUGAUGCGCUCGAGCCAAACGGCCAAACUCCGGGAGCCAACUUGUCCAGCCUUCAGCAUCCCGCCGGGAACUUGAAUCUUUCUUUGCCGUCUCGUUGGCCUUUGCCCGGACAGCCUGCGCAGACCAUCGGGGCGGGUGCGAUCAUGCUGCUGGCGUUGGUGGGCAACUGCUUGUUGCUGUACCGACUCCGCUGCGGAGGGUGCUGCUGCGGAGGUCGGUUCAGGAGGCGGCGGAAGAUGGAUUUCCUCCUGGCGCACUUGGCCAUCGCCGAUCUCUACGGCUGCGGGCUAACGUUGCUCUCCCAGCUGCCUCCAGCAGAGGACGGGCGCGUUGCAGAGCCGGGAGACGCGGGGUGGCCGGCCGGAGACGCCACCUGCCGCUUGCUCCGCUUCCUGCAAGGCUCGGGGCUGCUGGCGCCGUCGCACAUGCUGGUUCUUAUCGCGUUGGAACGACAGCGCUUAGCCAAGGGCCCUCUGCCUCCGCAGGAAUCGCUGCCGCCUUUCGUGCUCUCCCGGAGCGCCCUGGCCGCGCUGGGCUGGCUCUUGGCCUUGUUACUCGCCCUGCCUCAACUCUUCGUUUACAGACUGGUGCCUUCGCAAGCCGGAGGCCGCUGCCUCAGCAUCUUCCCUCAGCUGCCCCGAUGGCACGGACAGGUUUACGCCGUGUACGAAGCCAUCACGGGCUUCGUAGCUCCCGCCUGCCUCUUGGGCAGGACGUGCAGCCGCAUCGUCGCCACCCUCGACGCUUCUGGCGCCGAGGAGGAGGAACCGUCGCAGGAGCGCUCGCCGUCGGCGCCCCGAAGCCUGCCCCGCGCCCGAGUCAGGGCGCUGCAGCUGACUUUGGCGCUCGCCGUGCUCUUUGCGCUCUGCGGUUUCCCGCGCUUUAUUCUGGAGUUGGGCUUUGCUUUUGCCUCUCCCGAGGCCGCCACCUACGAAGCCCGGACGACCCUGAGCAACAUGAUGGCAGCCACCAACAGCGCCGUCAACCCCUACGUGUGCCUCUUGUUCCACAGCUACCGGCCCUGGGCGCGGCGGCUCCAGCGCAGCCUCUGCCGUUGCCCCGAUGGACAACCCAGACGGCAAGCUCGCCACCGGCAGCGACUGUCGCCACGGGCGGCCGCAGAUCGCGCUGAACUUUGGCUCUGCCCAUGCCAAACUAAGACGCCUGCCAUUGCAACAGCCGUCCAGCUAGAGAAGGAGGAAAGCCGGGCUGUUGGCGAGAGCAGAUUCUAAGACCGAGGGCCAACUUUGAAGAAGGCUGCAUUUGCCCUUAAGAGUCCACAGAAAGCAGGUUAAAGAAAGGAGAAGGGACCUUUUGGACAAUUAGGAUGGCUUUAAGUUUGUUUGGGCUUUUGACACCAUGUGUUCUACUCACUUAAGAGUCAAAUAAAAGAUUCCAGGGUGCUUGUUUGCCUGCAAGCCAUGUGUUCAAAGGCUUUACCCUGGAAAAAACAAAGGAAAAGACACUCUGCACUUGCUCAAGAGCCCACUUUGAGCUCUGUAGUUCUUUCCAAUUGCCUAUCCAGUUGUAGGAUUUUAAGUCCAAAUAAAAAUCACAUUACCAUUGUAAAUGAAUUCUAUGUUUACUGCUCCGGCUCUUAUCAUAAGCGCUGAUGUGGAAUAUCAGAAUAUCUCAACUGGGUGUCUUCAGCCUGUCUGAGGUUUUGUUCACCGUUGGUUACUAUAUUGUCAAUGUUCAAACCAAAGGGGACUGUUCGCUCUUUCAGUAAUUUGUAUCCAAAAUUUGUUGGAUACAACGAAAGUUUCUCUCUAUACAUAAGGGAGCUGUUUAAUUUGUGGUUUUCACUAAAUUCAGAUAUUUUUCCUUGUACUUUGUAAUAUUUAUGGAUGUACACAUACCAGAAACUCUGUUUGCUUGUUUUAUGCGCAUAACAAAUACUUGUAAGGUUAGUCAGACAAUUCUAGGUAGGUCAUAGAGCAGCCAGACAGAACACUGUAGGACUUGUGAUUAUCUGACUUUGUCCAAAGGUAUGGAAGCAUCUUAUUGGCAAGGAGGAAAUGUUGCUGCAUCUUGGCCUUGUCUCCCUUUCUCUACACAAUUUGUGGCUCAGCCCAUCCACCAAUCUCCCUGAAGCCUUUGCCACUAUGCUGCUGUACUUCUGUCAGCCAGUCCCCUGGCCCUCUCCUCAUCAUUUCAUUCUCUCUUUAAGCUAUUUCCAAUUGCCUGGCAUUUUUCUUGCUAUCUCCCAGCCCAGAAUGUUUCUGCCCCAAAGAGUAUUCUGGGUUUGUGUGGAAAUCCAGUCCAUGCUCAGACUAAGCAAAUGUAUGCCAAUCUAGGCAUAGACCAUGAAUACAGCAUAUACCUAGUUUUAUUUUUCAUAUUUCCAAACAGAGCUAAAGAAACAAGAGGGUUACUUUUGUUGCUGUGCAAACAGAUUGUAUUGUUAAUGCCUUCCAUUAUUUUGUCAUAUUGUACAUAUUAAUUGCAAAUAAA